UCUGAUUUCUCUCCUAGAACAUGGGCUAAGUCAACCAUUAAGUCUCUAUCCACUAAAAUAUCCCAAUAUUUAUUAAACGUUCUACAAAGGGCAAUCUUGACCAUUCACACUCACAACAUGGUUCCCAUAUAUCCAUCAUCUUCUUCCUCUUCUACAUACGUACACAUUAAUUGAUAUUAAUUGAUAUACUAUAUAUAUGUAAGCUUAUUUAAGCCUACCUCUAUAUCUACAUUUUCACUCCCACAAAACAAUUAGCUUAGUUAUAGUACCAUAUUACAUUGGUAGUCAUGGUGGUCGAAGGCGGCGGGUUGCACUUCGUAGUGCGGGUUUUAAUGGGGCGGUGGUUCAUGGUGUUUUCCACCAUCCUAGUGAUGUCUGCGGCAGGAGCCACCUACAUGUUUGGGUCGUACUCCAAGGAUAUAAAAACGACACUAGGGUAUGACCAAACUACCCUUAACCUCCUUAGUUUCUUUAAGGAUUUAGGGUCCACCGUAGGGAUACCAGCUGGUCUACUAAUGGAAAUCGCGCCACCAUGGGUGGUCUUAGCCGUGGGUUCGGUACUCAACUUCUUUGGUUACUUCAUGAUUUGGCUCGCUGUUACUGAGCGUAUUGCUAAGCCUGCUGUUUGGCAAAUGUGCUUGUAUAUUUGCGUAGGUGGAAACUCUCAAUCAUUUGCAAACACCGGUGCACUUGUUACAUGCGUGAAGAAUUUCCCCGAGAGUCGAGGAGUUGUCUUAGGCUUACUUAAGGGCUUUGUUGGUCUAAGUGGUGCUAUCAUAACCCAAUUCUACUUAGCAUUGUACGGUGGUAAGAACUCCAAAGCUCUAAUCCUCCUUAUUGGUUGGUUACCGGCCGUAAUUUCCCUCGCUUUCCUCCGUACAAUCCGGUUCAUGAAAGUAGUUAGACAAAAAAACGAGGUCAAAAUAUUCUACGAGAUCCUUUAUAUCUCCCUUGGCCUAGCCGGUUUUAUUAUGAUCAUGAUCAUACUUCAAAAGCAGUUAACCUUCAAACGAAACGAGUACAUAGGAAGUGGUAUAGUGGUUGUCAUUUUGCUACUUUUACCUAUUUACACUGUGGUAAAAGAAGAGUAUAGGCAAUGGAAGAAGAAGCAAGAAGCGUUACAAAACGCACCUAAGGUAAAUGUCGUGGUAAAUAAUGGUGAGGUAAAAGAAGAGGCUAAAAUAACGUCUCUUCAUGACUCGGAUGAGUUACCUAUGGUAUCGAGAGAGUCGGACUCGUGUUUUCAAAAUGUCUUCCGUCCUCCUGAGCGAGGAGAAGAUUACACUAUUCUACAAGCGCUAUUCAGUAUAGACAUGCUUAUUCUGUUUCUUGCUACCAUAUGUGGAGUUGGUGGUACAUUGACCGCUAUUGAUAACUUGGGUCAAAUCGGGAUAUCGCUCGGGUACCCGGCUAAAAGUAUAAGUACAUUUGUCUCCCUGGUAAGUAUAUGGAACUAUUUGGGUCGGGUCGUGUCGGGUUUUUAUUCGGAGCACUUGUUAAAGAAGUACAAGCUUCCAAGACCUCUUUUUCUCACUUUCAUGUUACUACUCUCUUGUGUUGGGCAUCUUUUGAUUGCGUUCAACGUGCCAAAUGGGCUUUAUGUUGCUUCGGUGAUUAUUGGGUUUUCCUUUGGGGCCCAAUGGCCGUUGCUAUUCGGCAUAAUCUCGGAGUUAUUUGGGCUGAAAUAUUACUCAACGUUGUACAACUUUGGGUCAGUAGCAAGCCCAAUAGGAGGCUACAUUCUCAAUGUGCGGGUAACGGGCUAUUUAUAUGAUAAAGAAGCAACAAGACAAAUGAAGGCUUUGGGCCGGCCCAGGUUACCAAACGAAGAGCUUAAUUGUGUUGGGCAAGAGUGUUUUCGGUUAGCGUUUCUUAUAAUCACAGCAGCCACAAUUUUUGGUAUGUUUGUUUCAUUGAUUUUGGUGGUUAGAACAAGAAAGUUUUAUAAGAGUGAUAUUUAUAAAAAGUUUAGGGAGACGGCUGUAGUAGAGGAAGCUGAGACAGUACACGGCGGUGUUGUGGUGGCAGAGAAUGGAGAGAAGAAAUCAGAGACGACGAAGGUGGUAGGAAGCUAAUUAAAGUGUACUUUCAAAGAAAUGAAAUAUGAAUAGUAUAGUGUGAUCAUAUAUACGUUAAUAUAUAGACGUAAGUUUAUUAAUGUAAGAAAAUGGUCGGACCGAAGUUUUAGUUUUAGUUUUAGUUUUACAUAAUUACAUGUAGUGUGUUUGUAAGAAAUGAGUCAUGACUAUUGUAACAUUGAAUGAGAAUUUUGGUGAAAGUUAAAACAGAAAAUGUUACUAUGUAAAGAGAAAAUGAUAUAUGAAGCAAUACUUUUGGAGUAACGAGCGUGACACUUAAUUUUAUCGUCAA